AAGUUUCAGUGGGAUUAUGCAGCCAUACAAGAUCUCCUUCCGGAUGGGGUUGAUGACGGGUUCCAUUCUAUCAUAGCAAGGCUUUAGAUUUGCUAUCAGCCAUCUCCAGUCUUUCUGCCAGAGAUGUCGCAUAGUCAGCAUGAGACAGAGGCCUGUCUCAAGUCCCUGCGAACCAUCUGCAGAAGCACUUACACCGGAACACUAGUGAAAUAACAGCUUACAAUAACUUUGAUCUUAACGACUCUAUAAAGUAAAGUUUAUUUUUAUAUGUAUAUAAAUAUCUUUUGUUGGGGGGUGUAGUACCGAGUCCUGGCCGUGGGGGAGCUGUUUGUUGACAGCAGCUCGGUACCACAUGAAUGAGGAAGCUGUCAGACAGACAGGGCGAUGUCUGCUCUCACCUCCUUAAUAUCGGUGUGUUAGUCAAACAUCUGGAACAUCUGGAUCCUUCAGAAGCAGCGUUUGAAUUUGCUUUCAGGACGUGUUGAGUUCACUUCAGCAGAACCAUGGCAGCUCCACCUUCUGUCCUGAGAGAAUUCUGCCCACUCUACUAUGUGCUGAAUGCAAUUCCAGCCAAGGUGCAGCGCGGGUUCAGGUCCAUCCUGGUCUACCUGACGGCUCUGGACAGCAGCAAUGACUUCCUGGCUGUGGGCAGCAGCAUUGGCAUGCUCUACCUGUAUUGUCGUCGCCUAGCAACCAUGAACAAGUACAGUCUGGAGGGGAAGAGCGAUGCCAUCACGGCCGUGAAGCUUCUUAGCUGUUUUGAUGAUCUUGUUGCUGUGGGAACAGCAUCAGGUCGGGUGGCAGUCUUUCAGCUGGUGUCUGCACUUCCUGGUCGAAACAAACAGCUGAGGCGGUUUGAUGUGGUGGGCCUCCAUAAAGGUUCUGUCACGUCUUUAGCGUGGAGCACCAACGGGAUGAAGCUGUUCUCAGGAGACGACAAAGGACGAGUUGUCUUCUCCUCUUUGGACUUAGAUCAGGGUGUGUGUAAACCGGUGCUGCUGCUGGAGGAGGCCUCAGGUGUGGUUCAAGUGGAGUACAGUCACCAGGUGCUGCUCAUCUCAACACAGCACAGAUCUCUGCUUUACUGCACACAGAAUCAGGAAGUCCUGCAGCUGGGCACCAGGCCGCGCAAGAGCAGCGGGAGGUUCGGCGCCUGCUUCCUUCCAGCUCUUUGUAAGCAGAGCGAUCUUCAGGUGUUUGCUGCUCGUCCUGGACUCCGACUCUGGAGGUCUGAUAUCAGAGGACAGGUGGAGGACACUCGACAGCUUAAACCGCUUUUCAGCACUCAGAUUCCUCAGUUUGAGUUGUUUCCUCGUCCUGGUCCAAUCGGAGCUUACCGUCCAGAGGACAGACAACUUGGUCUGCUCAGCUGUUUCUUCAGAGAUGGAUGGAUUCUCAGCUGGAAUGAGUACAGCGUCUACGUCCUGGACUGUCAUAACGAGGUGGUGAUCGGAGCCUUGGAGAGCAGUGGAGAUAUUGUGUCUGUGUCGUGCUGUGACAACGAGAUCUUCAUCCUGAAAGGAGACCGAGACAUCAUUCGUCUCUCCAACUGUCCUGAAGGACUAGCUUCCAGCUUGCUGGAGCUCUCCGUCCAUCAGCACUCACCUUUGGCCACGCCCACCAUCCUCCCACCUACUGGAUCAGUGGAAACAGCUCAGCCAAUCCGAACCAUGGCUAUCAUUGUAGAAGGUGGGGUUAGGGUGCAGCAAGGACGAGGAUGGGAGCGGCCCAGCAAGGAAGGAAAGACAGAGGAAGUGGAGGAGGCAGAAGAGCAGCUUGAGGUGAUGGAACCCAGCACCUCUCGUAGCCGCAGCAGCUCUGUUCCUUCCUGCGAGAAUCUCCUUGGAAACACUUCCUGUGAGCUGAGCUCCAGGUGUUACAGCGCCCCUCUGGGCCAUGAGGGGCUGCAGCAGGAGCUGGUUGUAAAGGCCAUCCGAGUGAAGAAGAAGAGGAGGAGACGCCAAGACAGCAGUGGAAGCCACCCCUCUGACAGGAGAUGCUCAGACUCCACGUUUUCAGUCCAGGACGACAGCUGUAAUGACGGAGAUAGUGGAACUCCUCUGAGUGACAGAGCCUCCCUCUUUUCUCUGGACCUCCAGAGCCAGGACUCGUCUGAGCCAAUCAAGGACCAGAUCUCACAGAAAGCAGAGGAUUUUAAUAGAGGUUUAAAUGACGUACAGGAGGCGGAGUCCUCCACCAAACAAUCAGGCUCUCUGCUACUCCAGAGUCUGCAGGACCAAGGAAAAGCCUCUGAUCCUGAUCCUGGUACUGAAGCUGGCCCCCUGGCCCUCAAUGUGGAUUUGUUGCUGGAGUGCACCUUCUCAUACAUGCACAAUACUGAGAAGAAUGAGGAACAGGAGCAGCAGCCAAUGGAGGAGCAGGAGGGAGGGUUUCUGAGCCCACUGAUUGGACCAGAGGAAGAGGUGGAUGAGAAGGAUGAACGGGUGCCUCCUGUUGUUCUGGGAGACCAGAUGUUUUACUCCACCAUGUCAAGUCUGGAAAGAAGACCCGGUAUGUCCAGCGAUGAAGAGGAAGACAUCUACUGUCAAGUCCUCAACCCUCCACCUCAUCCGACGGAGAAGACCUCAGACCCACACGUGGAACCUGACACCAACAACAGAGACCCGCUCAAACUUGACCAGUUGGCAGAAAGCUGGAUGGGUUACUCGGGACCAGGAUGUGGAAUAUUGAGCCUGCAGGUGACUGACAGGUAUGUAUGGUGUCUGGACUUUAAAGGAGGACUCUUCUGUAGCGGCCUACUUGAAACUGGGCUCAACUGGCAGCGCUUUGAAGACAACGUCCACCAGGUGGCAUUGUCACCCUCAGGUAAUCUGUUGUGGAAGGUGGAACAGAGGAGCAUGACGGCAUUUGCUUGUGCUAAAGUCUCAGUCAAAGCGAAACGUCACUGGUACAAAGCUGUGGAGCAAACAGCCUUUGUGGCUCUGAGUGACGACUCGGCCUGGAUCAUCAGGACCAAUGGAGAUCUUUACCUGCAGACAGGCCUCAGCGUGGAGCGGCCCUGUGCUCGCUCCGUGAAGGUGGAGUGUCCUUGUGUGUUUGCUCAGGUGUGUGUGAGCGAAGGUGUGGUCUGGGCUCUGAGCGAACACAAGGCAGUUUUCUACAGAGAAGGUCUGAGCAGCUACUGCAGCGAGGGAGAGGGCUGGAAGUACGACACCGUCAGUGAGGCUCAGGGUGUGGAGCUGAUGUGUGUGGCUCUGGCAGAAGGAGGUACAGCUUGGGCUCUAGACGCCAGCGGCAGCCUCUGGUUCAGAACCGGCAUUUGUUCGUCCAGACCGCAGGGCGAUGACGACCACUGGUGGCAGAUCAGUAUUUCAGACUAUGUGGUCUUUGACCAGGGCAGUAUUUUCCAGACGCUGCUUCUUGCUACCCAGAGUGUUGCCACAGUUACCAGGGCCCCGGUUGAGCGCGUGGUGGCCUUCCUUUCACAGUACUCGCAGUGCCAGCCAAGCCUGGUCAGCGCCAACAGAAGUGGCGUUUGGGUUGCCUCAGGACGUAACCAGCUGCACCUGGCCCGGGGCAGCCUCGUGGGAACUUUCUGGCAGAACGUUGUUCCAAGAGGAACAGUCUCAGCCACCAAGUGGAGCUUCAUCACUUCUUCAGUUGUGCCUCACAGAGAAGGUACGUUUCUUUGGUUGGCUCAGAGCAGGAAGGACCUGUUCUGUGUUUGGGACCAGGAUGGCGAGCUCCGCCCCUCAUCCAUCUCUCUACCACAUGAGAUGGAGCUGACUCACCUGUCUGCCUGUCGAGAUGCUCUGUGGGGUUUAGACACACAUGGACGAAUCAGUAUUCGUACGUUGUCUCCGUCCUGUCCCUUCGGACUCCACUGGACCUCCCUGGACCUCAACCAGCUUGGAAGUGUUCGUCUGGUCAGUGUGAGUUGCGGAGGUCAGAACGUUUGGGCUGUGGACAGUCGAGGAAUAGUUUACUUCAGAGUGGGAACACAGCCCCUAAACCCAAGCAUGAUGCUACCUGCCUGGAUCCAUAUAGACCCACCUGUACAGCCAAUAGGAGUGCAGCUGGUCCAUAUCCAGACAAGUCCUAAUGACCGUCUCCUCUGGGCUCUGGACAACAGAGGAAGCGUCUUCGUCAGAACUGGACUCAGUGACGAGAUGCCGGUGGGAACGGACUGGGACCUGGUACCAGGCCUAGCUGUCAGUCAGCUGGUCCUCAGCUCUCGGACCGUUUGGGUUCGUUGUGUAAAUGGAGAAGUCGCCCGUCGUUACGGCAUCUCGGACCAAAACCCUGCUGGAGACUACUGGAAGAAGAUCCCUGGGAAUGCCAACUGGCUAACUGUGACUCCAGAAGAUGAGUUGUGGGCAGUGACUCUGAUUGGAGGAUUGUCACGCCGUCUAACUAAGCUCCUCCCGCAAACUCCUCGUUGGCCCGCCCCCUCAGGGUCCUCACUCAGUGGGGACGACGUCGACGACGAAUGGGAGCUCAUUUGACCCACAAUGUCGUUGUGAUGUCACCGCUGCCAUUUUCUCACAUUGAGGUUUCUGAAAUCCAGGUGGUUUGUGGGAAAUAAAGGGAACUGAGACAUUGUUUAGUUUUAAAAGAAAGCACUUUAAAAUGAAGGGGAACUAGUCCUUAAUGGUUCUCACUCUGGUUGUUGAAGGCAUCAAGGGGCGUUUCACAUUCUACUCAUGUUUCCUUCAUGCUAUUUUAAAUGAGCUAAAACUGGUUUGCUCUGGUUUAAACUGGAAGUUGAUUUCUACUUCUUGACCACGUUCAGGGUUUGGUAAUGGUAGAGAUGUGAUGUCCUGAUUCAGUCUGAUGAGGUUAAGCUGAGUUUAAGGACCGUAGACCCUGUUCUACUCUAAUGGAACUUUAUGAACUACAGUGAACUCUGAUGACUAAAGUGGACUCAAAUAGUCUAAAGUGGACUCCAGUGGCGGCUGGUGGAUAUUUCUUUUUUGGUAGGGCCAGCCAAUCAGUUUCAGUUAACAUCCCAGUAUGAUUCAAUGGGAAAAAAGGGUAUCAAACACAUUAUUACUUUGCAUUAAAUAUUUAACAUUUAUUCCAACAGUUUAACGUAAUAAGGACUUAUUCAAACAAUGUGUGUGUGUGUGUCUGUGUGUAAAACCCUAUUUUAUAAUGUCACUCAUUAACUUUAUCAGUGACUGCUUGUUAGACCCCCCUCAGCCCAGUGGAGACCAGAGGAGCAGGAAAAGCAUAGAUUUUGUGCAGAUAUCUUGAUUUACUAAUAUUACUGAGUAUUUAAUCCAUGUUUCAAAAAAACAAAUAUUGACUAUUUUAAAACGUUUUUUUUCUGUCGCUCACGGUGGUCCACGCUCCUUUGGCCUCCGUGGACUCGAAUGGAACUAAAGUAAAAUAAUGGACUCUGAAGGAAUAUAAUGGUCUAUGAUGGACUCUAAGGGACCAUGGUGGAUUGUAGUAGUUUCUUAUGCACCCUGGUGGACUAUAGUUGACACUGAUGGACUCUAAUGUACUAUAUUGGAGUCUUAUUGACUCUCUGGCAAACAAGCAUUGAGGUUCAGGUCUGAAAUGGUUUAAUAUUUUGUCCUCUUGUCCUCAGCAUCCUCUUUCUUCCUCAUACUAAGAGUUGCCAUGGAAAAGUGUAAAAGUGACUAUGUUGUGAUGUCAGCUGACUUGUUGAUUGAUCUGCUGCUGACUAAUAAGAAUUGAGUGUAACCUCA